AGUGCCUGUGGGAGGCCGGGCGGGCCGCGCUGCCAUCUUGGAGCGAGGGACGGCGGAGCCGCGGCCGCGCCGGUGUCUCUUUAGAGGAGGAGGAAUGUGCAGCGAGACAGACAUAAAGAGAACAAGCAGGAAGAACAGGACAGGAACAACUGGAAUUAUUGAGAUUCAAGAUCCAGCCCAUAUUAUGGCUGGCAGUGGGUCCAGAUCAGGACCAGCCAGUGGGUUGUCCAUGAAAUCACAGCUCCAGAUCACUGUGAUUUCAGCAAAACUAAAAGAAAAGAAUAAAUGGUUUGGACCUAGCCCUUAUGUGGAAGUCUCAGUAGAUGGACAGUCAAAGAAGACAGAAAAGUGCAACAAUACAAACAGUCCAAAGUGGAAACAGCAUCUUACAGUAAUUGUCACUCCUGUAAGUAAAUUAAACUUUCGAGUCUGGAGCCAUCAAACAUUAAAAUCUGAUGUCCUUCUGGGAAGUGCUGCUCUGGAUAUUCAUGAGACACUGAAAUCCAACAGUAUGAAACUUGAGCAGGUGGUGGUGACGUUGCAUCUCGUUGGUGACAGAGAACCAGCAGAGGUGGUGGGGGAUCUGUCGGUCUGCCUCGAUGGGAUGCAGGUGGAUCCCGAGCUCCUCACCAACGGGGAAGCCUCAACCUCAAGAAGUCCUACACAGAGUGAAAGCUCCAGAGUAAGGACUGAUACACGGACUAACUCAAAUGGCCUUGAAAGCUCUGAAGAAGCUGCUUCCAGUGAAAACAAGACUGUUAACGGCAGUGACUCUCCGUUACUCACAAAUGGAAGCUGCAAACCUGCCAGACCUCCCAGGCCUGCCAGACCCCCGCCCCCCACGCCCCGCAGACCCCCGUCGGUGGCCGCGAGUGCAAAUGGCCCUUCAUCCACAUCCACGGAGAGCGAUGGGGCCGGUGCAGGGUCAGCGGCAGGAACAGCCUCCAACACACCUUCAGAGCAGAGCCCUGAGGGGGCAACAGCUGCGACCACAGCUCCUGCCACUCCUGCCCUCACCACUCCCCCGGUGUCCAGACAAGUCCAGCCAGUAAAUCCUCCACCUCAGGCACUUUCCACAGUCAGCCAAGGUCCUCUUCCACCUGGUUGGGAGCAAAGAGUAGACCAGCACGGUCGAGUCUACUAUGUAGAUCAUGUUGAAAAAAGAACAACGUGGGAUCGGCCAGAGCCUCUUCCUCCAAGCUGGGAGCGCCGGGUUGACAACAUGGGCAGGAUUUAUUACGUCGACCACUUCACCAGGACGACGACGUGGCAGCGGCCGACGCUGGAGUCCGUCCGCAAUUACGAGCAGUGGCAGCUGCAGCGCAGCCAACUGCAGGGAGCCAUGCAGCAGUUCAACCAGAGGUUUAUCUAUGGGAACCAGGACUUUUCAUCCACACAGAACAAAGAGUUUGAUCCUCUUGGCCCUCUGCCACAUGGAUGGGAGAAGAGAACUGACAGCAAUGGCCGAGUGUAUUUUGUCAAUCACAACACACGGAUCACUCAGUGGGAAGAUCCCAGGAGUCAGGGUCAGUUAAAUGAGAAACCCUUACCAGAGGGCUGGGAAAUGCGAUUUACUGUGGAUGGAAUUCCCUAUUUUGUGGAUCACAACCGAAGAACCACCACGUACAUAGAUCCCCGCACGGGCAAGUCUGCUCUAGACAACGGGCCCCAGAUAGCCUAUGUGCGUGACUUCAAGGCCAAGGUCCAUUAUUUCAGGUUCUGGUGUCAGCAACUGGCAAUGCCACAGCACAUAAAGAUCACAGUGAGCAGGAAAACAUUAUUUGAGGACUCCUUUCAGCAGAUAAUGAGCUUCAGCCCUCAGGAUCUCCGGAGACGUUUGUGGGUUAUUUUCCCUGGUGAAGAAGGUUUAGAUUAUGGAGGUGUUGCAAGGGAAUGGUUCUUUCUAUUGUCACACGAGGUUUUGAACCCCAUGUAUUGCCUGUUUGAAUAUGCAGGGAAGGAUAAUUACUGCUUACAGAUAAACCCAGCCUCCUACAUCAACCCAGACCACCUCAAGUACUUCCGAUUCAUUGGCAGGUUCAUUGCCAUGGCUUUGUUCCACGGGAAGUUCAUUGACACUGGUUUCUCUCUGCCAUUCUAUAAACGGAUCCUAAACAAGGCAGUAGGACUCAAGGAUUUAGAAUCUGUUGACCCAGAGUUUUACAACUCUCUCAUCUGGGUAAAAGAGAAUGACAUUGAAGAGUGUGGCUUGGAAAUGUUUUUCUCCGUUGAUAAAGAAAUAUUAGGUGAAAUCAAAAGCCAUGAUUUGAAGCCAAAUGGUAGCAACAUUCUGGUCACGGAAGAAAACAAAGAAGACUACAUCAGGCUAGUAGCAGAGUGGAGACUUUCCCGAGGUGUUGAGGAGCAGACACAGGCUUUCUUUGAAGGCUUCAAUGAAAUUCUGCCACAACAGUAUUUGCAGUAUUUUGAUGCAAAGGAACUGGAGGUGCUUCUCUGUGGAAUGCAAGAAAUAGAUCUGAAUGACUGGCAGAGACACACCAUCUACAGGCACUACACCAGGACCAGCAGGCAGAUCGUGUGGUUCUGGCAGUUUGUGAAAGAAAUAGAUAAUGAGAAAAGAAUGAGACUCUUGCAGUUUGUGACUGGAACAUGCAGAUUGCCAGUGGGAGGAUUUGCUGACCUCAUGGGGAGCAACGGACCCCAAAAAUUUUGUAUUGAAAAAGUUGGAAAGGAAAACUGGUUACCUAGAAGUCAUACCUGUUUCAAUCGCUUAGACCUUCCACCAUAUAAGAAUUAUGAGCAGUUGAAGGAAAAGCUGUUGUUUGCAAUUGAAGAAACAGAAGGAUUUGGGCAAGAGUAGCAAAAAUUUGCACCUUGAAGAAUGAGAACUCUACACGAUUAGCAUUUUUUGCUACUGGUGCACUGGGAAGUUCAUUGGUAGCUGCAAUGCUGCAGCAGCAUCCUGAGCCCUCUCCACAGCAGUGUCAGAGCCAGCCAGCCUGGAUCCACCUCUGUGCUGUGAGCAGCUCCCGUUCCUUAAGCUCCUUUUUCUAACUCAAGUGUGGCCAGACUGUUUUUCCCCCACCUGGAGUCUGCUCACGUGCCAGCUGGACUCAAGCUGCUGUUAAGGGGAUGUCAAACUGUGGCACAAAUCCAGGGCAUAGCUUGGCUUUGGUUUAUCCCAGCCCUGCUCCUGUCAGCAAAACAGACACCUGCCCAAAGUUGCUGGAACUGCUCUGUGCCCUCCGAAGGAUUCUGAUCUCUUGCUGUGUAACACAUUUUAACUCUGAAAUCAAUAUUAACACUGUGGUACUUCACUUGUUUUGCAAAAGACAAGCCCACCUGGGAUUGCACUGAUUGCCUGGGGUCCCUGUUUGCAGACUGAUGUUUGUCAGCAGUGUUAAUGGACAUUGUCCUCGGUGUUUUUCCUACAUGUUGCAGUCAGUUUGCUCCGAAGAGUUCGUUGGGUUCUCGGGAAGAGGUACAAAACAACUGGAUUCAGAAAAGGAUCCCACUCAUCAUCUCUGCGGAUGAACUGAUGUGUGAGACUGGCUGAGGCCAAGAGCAUUAGGAAGUUCAGGCAUGCAUUACAGGUUUCUGAAAUGCUGGAGCAUCAGUAAAUAGCUCGAUAAAGUUUGAAACUAAAGUUUUUGGGAAGGUGUCUAGGCUAAUUCACCCUCAGCUUCUUACAGCUAGUAACUUUUGUAGUGAGUUCCUGUUGGAUUAACAGCGUCCUUUUAGAAUCUCUUAAUAUUCAGUUCUUUUCUGGUUUAAAGAACAUGUUGCAUUUUACUGCUCCUUUAGACUGAAUGCACUUUUUGAGUCUGGUCAGCCCUUUCCCUGCCCAAAGGCAGAUGCCAGUGAGAUGAGCUGUAGCCACAGUGAGACGUGACACUUGAAAUAACAUGUAGCACAUAUUAAAGCACGCCUGCAGUUCAGAGCAGUGUGGCAGGAGCUGCUUUGAAGACUGUUCUAGAUAACAGAGCUGAAACAGGACAGUGGGAAAGUGUAAAACGGAACUUCCAGUCUGGAAACGAAUAUUUCUUUCCUGCUGUCCCAUCCGUCUGAACUGCAAGAGGGCAAAACUGCUUGGGGUCUGAGAAGGACCAAGGCACUACAGGUUUUAACUGACUUCGGGAGCGUGUCAGGGCUAAGUGGUCAAUGCUCUGGGAAGGCAGGAGGGUGGGGCUGGAGUGAAUAGCUGUUGUCAGGCAUAUUCAAAGAAAGGCCCAGGGAGGGUUGCUGGUGAUACAGAAAUGCCCCUCAUUUAAAGUUUCGUGAUGGUGAGAACUCACCUUCAUGGUCUGACUGGGAGGAAAAUUGCCAACUUCAACAUUUGGUUGUAUUACAUUAUACAGCUCAUGAGGAGAAAAAAAGCCUUAUAUAUAUUUUCUGUUUAUAUUAAUUCUUAUGAUGAAAUGUAGUUAUCUAACAUAUUUACAAGAGAGAGUAAACUAAGCAAGAUAAUGCAAGAUUAAGCUAUGAAAAAUAGUCUAUGUUCUGCAUAUUGCUUUAUGAUUCAUGUAGGGAACCUAGAACUAUUGUUCAUGUAUAAAUAUCACCCAAAAGGCUGUCAGCCCUAUAUUUUUAAAAUAAAGAAUAGUUAUAAUUGAAAUAGCCUUAGCCCUAGUUCUAUAGGGUUUGGCUGUUGAAUAUUUUUAUGGUUGAAAUGUUUAGUUCAGGAAAAACAUACCUGCUUGUAUAUAUUUUUGAUGUCCAGGAUUCCACUUAUUCCAUUGUUUCUUUUAAUUUAAAUGGCAUGUUUAUAUGUCUUUUCUGCUGUACCAGGAUGGGAGGAAGGGGGCUGGAUAUCCCAAGCACCAGAUAUGAUUUAAAAAUAUUGCAAAUAAAGAAUUCAUUGAGGGGGAAAAAUAAAACAUGAAUAAAACAUUAGAUUUGGCCAAAAUAUAGAAAGCUUAAAGCAACUUCACAGUGUUAAAUUGGCAAUAUUUCUGAAGACACAAGUUCAGAUUCCUCAGGCAUUUGACUUGUGAAUGCUAACAAAUCUGUAAAUUCUUACAGCAUGUUGUGUUGAAAAAAAAGGAAUUAAUAUGAGCCAGUGGUGCACUUUUCAGUUCUUUCUGGGGAUCUGGUGAAGCAAUACAGGGAUGAGCCCAGAGCAGCCAAUGUCCCAGAUAACAGGUUAGUGUGGAUUGGAUUCACAAGUGAGAUUUUCAGCAGAGAUUAAUGAAUUUGUCUCCCACUACUUCAACUGAUUUAGCAACCUGAGCUGCAUAAAGUCAUAGUAUGUUACAAGCAUAUGUUUAUAUGCAAUCGUCAACUGAUCCUAAUUAUCAAGUACUAAAAGAACUUUUAUUUAGAAUUUUCCCUCAUGAGAGUGAUGUGAGAAAAUGAAAUGCUGAGAAUUAACAAAGCCUUAUUGUUUUGGGUAGCUCAGGAACUGUUCAUAUACUAAUGACAUGCACAGUAAAUACAUCAUGUCUUCAUCUGACCUAGUAUGGAAGUUUGGGGUUUUUUUAAUCCAGUUGCGUGUGUUUAAAAAUAAAAAGCUUUUUUUAAUUAUUCUGAGAAAAAUAAAAAAAAUGCUUGCUUAAUUUUUAAUUUAUUUUUUUUUUGGUUUUGCAUUUUAUUACAUGCUGCACUGGAUUUGUAUUUUCAACUCUGUUAUAUUGGUAUCUCCAGCCCCCUUUUUGUGGUGUCUUUUAAUUUUCUCCAAGAUUCACUGUUUGUGUAUAUGUGCUCUAGUGAACUCGUGAAGAAACUGGGAUCAGCAGCACUGGAUUGUAAAAUACUGUACUGAAAUUCAUUGUCGAUAUUUCCUUGCAUUGUAAUUUCAAAUACUCAGGUAACUGUAACAGUAUCUCCAUAAGUCAAAUACUUUUAUAAAACUACUUAAAGAACUGGUA